AUGUGUGACAAUAUGUUGGAUGAAAAGGAACUGGAAAAACAAGCAAAUUCUUUGAGAAAAGUUGCUUUUUUUGGAGUAGCAAUGUCUACUGUGGCAACACUAGUGUGCAUUGUCACCGUUCCUUUGGCCUACCAUAAAAUGCAACAAAUGCAAUUUUCCAUGAUCGAUCAGGUUGAAUUCUGCAAAAUUCGCUCAAAUCUUUUCUGGCGAGAAGUAACAAAAACGCAGUUUAUGACGAACGCACGCGGCGUUAGAAUAGCCAGAAGGGCUGAAAAACGUUAUACAAAUUAUGACUCAUCAUCAUAUGACCGUUACUAUCAAGCUAGACACGAAUACGACAGAUCUAGUUAUGACAAAUCUGCGAGUUACGGAUUAUGGACUCAGCCAACUAAUGAUUACGGUGUAAGUCCAUCCUAUAGUACCCAAUCAUCAUGCUGUGGUUGUGGUCAGUCACCUCCAGGACCACCUGGCCUUCCUGGCUCUGAUGGAAAUCCGGGGAUGGAUGGAGAACCAGGAAUGCCUGGCAGGGAUGGUCCAGACGGUCCACCACCUACUCCUGCGCCAAACUUUGAUUGGUGUUUCGAAUGUCCACCAGCGGAACCUGGACGCCCUGGUAUUCAAGGACCAAAAGGAUCUCCUGGACAACCUGGUAGAAUUGGAGCUCCAGGACUCAAAGGAAAACCUGGACCACCGGGAACGCUUGGGUCUCCUGGAAAUGUCGGACAACCAGGAAACCCGGGCCAACCCGGAUCCCGCGGAGAACCUGGAAAAGUGAUGAUUGUUCCUGGCCUUGUUGGUCCGCCUGGUCCCCCAGGUACACCAGGCGAACCUGGUCUAGAUGGAAAACCUGGAACUGACGGAUAUCCUGGGAGAGACGGGGCACCCGGAGAACCAGGAGAUGACGGUCUACCAGGUCUGCAGGGUAAACCAGGACCAAACGGCUAUCCAGGACCCGACGGGGAAAUCGGUGAACCAGGAGGCUGCGAUCACUGCCCGCCACCUAGAACUGCUCCGGGCUACUAA